GCGCGAGCGUCAGUAACAGUCCUAGACUCUCCACUAAACUUAUGAUUAAUCAUGAUAAUAGAGCUGACAAAAACAUCUUUAACUAAAUAUCGGCUGGACUACAGUAUUGGCAAGCAAUGGAGAGAUACCAUAAUGGGGAAUAACCGGGUCAAGAUAAAUAUUGCCAAAAAUAAAAAAACUGUCAAAAUAACAAGCAAUCUAAACUCAGUUAAAAAUGAUGACAUGGAUGCUGCACUGGCUGUGAACUAUGUCACUAACAGAUAUAAAACCAACCUAGACUGUAACUUGAAGUAUGGUAAAUCUAUAAAGUCAAAGACAAGCAAAGAUACAGUAGAAUUGUCUGUAGCAGCUAAACACAAGGAUGACAGUUCUAUUGAAUACAGAGCUGACCUGCUAUUUCCAGCAAAGAAUAUUAAUGUGACAGUUACCGGGGACAACAAGUAUGAAGAUAAAAGUAUACAGAGUAACGUACAGAUACAGUAUCACCCUGAGAGAAUUGUAGCAUUUGAUGUACAUCUACACAACAGAACAGAUCUCUUCUUUAACUAUGCUGGAGAACUUGUCAUUAAACUCCCACAGGAAAAAGAAUUAUCAUUUGCUGGGGCUUUUGGGAAAGAAAAUGACAACAAGUACAUCAGUAAUCUGGAGUUUGAAAUUAUCAAAGGUCGUCGUACAAGAAUCGACACAAUGCUGAAAAUUGCCACACAAAAAAUGUACGAGUUUGAGAUUGGAGUAAAACUUCCACAGCUAGAGCCAGUGCGUAUACUUGGCUCAUAUACCAAUGAAGAAAAUGGCCAUUCUGUUGAAGCCUCAUACAAAAAAGGAAAUGAUCUGUACAGAAUUAUUGUUGAGGGAGCAUAUGAGAAGGAAGUAAAUGGUAAAUUUUUGUUUGAUGUGACGGUACCAUCACGUAGGGUCAAGGUCAAUUUUGUAUCAUCACGUGUUGAAACAAAAAGUCAUAUGCUAUUUGAUGUACAGUGGAAUGCUGACAAGAAUCUAGAUGAUCGUUUCCUUACCAACUUGACUUCUGACUUUGUUAGUUGGGCCGAUUUUGAAAUAGCAUAUCUAUUACAUUACCCCACACGUACCAUCAACUUUGACAUGAAACACGCAGCUGCUGCAAGAUACAUCACAAAUAUUGAACUCUCCUGGAGUCCAAAAGAAAAGCUUGAAUUCAAUAUAAUUUUCAGAGAUGACAAAUUUAACAGAGCCGACAGAACCGAAUUGGCUGUAGAUUUCAUCAGUCCAUUUGAAGGAUAUGAAGAAUUGGGUUUAGCAGUUUCAUUGAUCAGAGAUUCAGCACAAUUUCAGACAAAGAGCAGUGUUACCUGGGCUAAGAAGAAGAAGGUGUUAGUAUCUGCAACAGCAAAAAUACCAUUUGACAUCAAUAGUAUUGAUAUUGCAGGAACCAUAAGUACACCAUUUGAGACAUACAAAAGUAUGACAGCUAAAGUUAAACAUCGCCUUAAUGAUGACCUGAAUUCAAAUAUUCUGAUAGAAUGGGGGAGAAACAGGCUUUCAUUGAACACAUCUGGUGCUAUUCAGUACAAUAAGAUCUCACGCUCAUUUAAUGGGAAAAUAGAUUUCCGUUCACCAUUUGAGGGCCUUAGGGCCAUGAUUAUCAAUGCUGAGCAUAACGAUGAUUCUAGAACAUUUAAGUCAAAGUUCACAACUGAUCUGUCCAAAUUUUCUUCACAAACAAGUAUGGACAAGUAUACAGUAGAGAUUGACAUGACUCAUGAUUAUUCUUUAAUUGGCUUGAAAAAUCAAGGUGUCAUCAAAGUACUUAUUCCUAAUGAUGAUAUUCCGAUCACUUGGGAGGUUAGCAGUUUGAGUGAUAGCUCGCGGAUUAUGCUGGACAUACAACCAAUUCGUGGCAACAGAUUUAAGUUUGAUUUUAGUGAAACACAUCAGCUUCAACCAUUUAGAAAACUAAGUUCAAGUUUUGAAUUUUUGAUCCCAACAGAGGCAAUACAGGAACUGUUAAUUUCCUUCAGUCAUGAGGAUAGACUUGGUUACUUGAGGACAACAGGUUCAGUUGUCAAAGAUAACUUAAAUAUGAUGUCUGCCGAUGUUAACUACCAGAACAUGUAUGGAACUGUUAGAGUAAAUUCCAACCUUAAAAGUAUCUAUACAGAAGAUCUUACUAUGAAAUUCACAUCUGCUCAUAGCAUUAUGCCGUACAUCAGUGACCUUGAAAUCAAAUAUGGUGGAAAGGACACGCCAUAUAAGGUGAAGGCAGAGAGUAGUAUCUUUUAUAAUGAGUAUGGGGUAUAUGCUAACAGUUUGAAAAUAUAUACACCAUUCCCUGGAUUCAAUAUGUUCACAAUUACAACUUCCCGAAAUAGACAAGGUCGUAAAUGGAACACUCAAUCAGAGGUUAAUAUUGAUGAUAAAAAAGUAAAUGUUGGAGUGACUUACAGGUUUGAUCAUGUUAAGCAAACAUCAUUGUCAAUAAAAACUUCAUUUCCACAAUUUCCAGGGUUGGAUACAUCUUUCAUGAUAGAUGGAACUCUGACAAACUUCAACGGAGAUGCAUCAUUUAUCAUGAGACCAUAUGUCGAAAAAAUUUCAUCUUAUUUUACGUGGUCGUUUUACCAAGGAUCAAGCCUAGCUGGUAAUUUUAAUCUGACUACACCAUUUACUCAGUACCCAUACAUGAAGGCUAAAGUUGACAGCAAUCUUUUAGGAAUGUCUCGUGUAUCAGGCUUUGAGAUUGAGUAUCUGCCUACACAAGUGGUAAAAGUAAUAUCCGACUAUAGAUUUACAUCUUUAGAAACUCUUGAAGGAACAGUCAAAGUUACAAGCCCUUAUACGAUGAAUAAAGAGGUUACUGCUGGUUUUACCCAUACUGGAAAUAGGGAAGAAUUUAAGACUGAAGCCAAGAUCACUUGUGAAUGUUUCAAAAAACCUGUCUUUACAGAGGCGACAUUUUCCUCGAAAAAUGGUGUUGUAUCGACAUUUGUUAUGGAUAGUCCAUUCCGAGGAUAUGAAAGUGUAAAGUGGAAUUUGAACCAUAGAGGUAAUCUGGAGGAUUUCAGCACAACAGCAGAAUAUGAAACUAAUGGGAAGAAGAUAACAUUAGAAAAUAUGUUUAGUAUGAAGAAAGAUAUUCACUAUAAGAUAACAUUCCUCACACCUUUUGCCAAUAUUUCACGUAGUCAUAUGGAGUUCAGACAUGAAGGUAAAUUCCCUAAUACAAAAACUCAUGCUGAAGUUGGAUACAACACAAACGUUUUAUCUUCUGAUAUUGACUUGCAAAAUAACAGAAGAUCCACAGUUUUUAAUGUUGCUGUUAAAACACCUUUUGAACGCUAUGAGAAUAUGAAUUUAGACUUAAGUAAAACUGGAUCUUUGAAUGAUUUUAGUGCAAAAGCUGAACUACAAUAUGAUAGAUUAUGGCAUGCUUCUUUGAAUCAUAAAUUUGAUGGCCAAGACUUAUCAACAAGUUCUCUCUUGAAAUCUCCAUAUUUGCCAAAUGAUGUAUCUCUAUCCUUCAACCAUUCUGGACAACCACUUGACUUUAUCACCAAAGUUGAGUAUACCCUUGGUCCAUCCUAUAAGACAUCAGGUGAAACUCAAUUUUUAUUUGCUCUUCCAAAUUUGACUGCUUCAAGCAAAUUUGUCACAAAAAUAGGUGAAGAGACACGGGUAAAUGCAGUUUCAUUAGAGCAUAAAUUCAUUAAACAAGAUAAAGAUUUAGAUAUUUCAACAGCACUUCUAGCACAAAUUAGAGAGAAAAAAGCAAAAGCAAACUUCAAAUUUAAAUUGCAAGGUGAUAUUGAAAAGGACAUUACAUUGCUUACUUACAUAGUUGUUGAAGUCCCACAUGCUAAUUUCAACUACAACAAGAUAUAUUACGAAUCUAACAGCAGGUCCACAGGUUUAUCUCGCGCACAAACUGUUACAUUUAUGUUUGAAACACCAAUGUUGGAAAAGGCUUAUUAUACUAGUACUUCAUCCAUGGAUGAAAAGAUCAUUAAUGCAUCUGAAAGGUACUCUUAUGGUGAUUAUGUUUUAACAAAUGAACAAGUUUGGCAAAAGGGAAAAUAUCAUUUCAAAGGGACAAUUCCUUUGGAGGGAUUUGAAGAGACACAGGUGGAUGUGACCUAUGGAGGAAACUUAUUUAACAAGAAGGAAAUGGCAACACUUCCUGAUGUAAUUAAUUGGAACUUUGAUACAACCAUCACCCAGACAUCUCUUGAUGCCCCUGUUAAAGUCACUCUAAUUGGAAAUAUCAACAAAAAAGAAGAGAAAGUGAAAUUUGUUACCAACAAUGUCAAGGUUGUGUAUGGACAAGGCAGUGAAGUAAAUGUGGACUUAACAUACAAGCCAAUGAGAAGUGUAUUAAAAGUCACAACACCAUUCGAAGGAUAUGAGUCCUCAGAAUUGGAAACCACCUAUAAUACUAAAGAUUAUGAAAGAGAUUACAGUUUGUCUGUAACAAGCUCUGCCCUUGAAUUACCCAUUGAACUGACAUCUCAGUUUAAAGUGAAUCCAAACCAGAUUAAAGAUUCUGUAAUCUUUCAAAAGUUUACGAGUGGUUUCACUAAUUUUACUCACAUUGAAUGUGAAAUAAAGGCUGAAAAGUUACGUCUGCUUUGGGAAGAUAGCACAAUGACAGAACAGGUGAUAGACAUAGAAGGGCCUGUGUUUGUUCAGAACAUAGGUAAUGAUAAGGUUGAAGUUGGUGUUCAUAUGACAGUCACUACACCCUUUAAACAAUUAGAAGAUAUGAAAGUAAACUUUGAACACAGGCAUUACACUUCCCCAAUGAGAGCAAAAGAGGUAAUUUUGGUACAGUACAAUAGAAAAAAAUACUUUGAUAUAGAUGCAGAGGUCGGGGCUUUGAACAAGUUUUCAGGCAGUUUGAUGUUCAGGGAACCAAGGCAGAUGGAAUUUAGUUUCAGUGGUUUGAAUGAAGGUCAAAGCGUAAAUGGGGACUUGUUGCUCAACUGGAAUAAACUUGAACAAGACAGUAACUUCAGGUUCCAGUUUGGUUUAGCAGACAGUGGAGAUAUGAUGAAAGAAAAGAAAGUUUUCCAUAUUCGUAUAACUAACCCUGGAAGAAUUGUUAGCUUACACAAUAACUUUGAGAGGACUAAGAACACAAUAUCAAGUUCAGGAAAGAUUUCAUGGGAUGAAAAGGAAGGCAAGGAAACAUCAUAUAACCUUGAAUAUUCUAGAAUGUUUUCUAGAGGAUCAUUAUUAGACAGCUUAGAUUUGAAGGUCAUUCUUCCAACCAGGUCAGUAGAAAUGUCUGGUUCAUACACAAAUAACAGUGGACAAGUAGUCAGUACAGGAACUGUGAUGUGGGAUUCCGAGAAUGAUCGUGACAAACAAGUGCAGGUCAAGGUCACCUUGUCUCCCACUGAUAUCAGGAAAAUGGCAUCACUAGAUAUCAAACUACCCAGCAUGAAUAAGGACUUGUCACUUAGUACUGAACUUGCUCUCAAUGAUGGAAGUCGAUUACUGGACGGACAGACAAAACUAUCUUACUCACCAAAUGAGAACAAAGCUGUGUUGAUAAAGUACAUUAUACAGAAAGAGGAAGGUGACCAGCCAAGUUAUAAGGCUGGAUGGAGUUUGGAUCAUAUUUACACAAAGACACAUGUUGCUAUGGUAUCCACCUUGUCCAGUAAUGGUGCCGUGACAUCUGGUGAUCUUCAGUUGAAGUACCGUGGCACAGAAAAGCAUUUGACAGCAUUACAACUUCAAGCUGAAGUCGACAAAGAUGAAAGAAAAAUGAACAUAAAGGCAACCAGUCCUAGCCAAACAGCAGAGGUAACAGGUCACAUGACCUCAGAAUCACCUUACAUUUUUACGUUGACAACAUCUCGCAAUAUGAAACCAACAUGGAAGACAGUGUGGUCUGUUGAUACUGAGAAGAGAAGUCUUGAUGCCUCUAUGACUUAUGAUAAUUUCAAUGGUCAGAUAGUAACCAAGGCUUUCUUCCCUAAUUCUACAUCAUUUGAAUCUGAGACAACUACCCAGACAUCAUCUGAUACUGUACAGGAGGGACGUAUGACAAUGACUAGAGAGGACCGCAAGGUGAACGUUCAUCUAAAAUGGAGGCCACAACUCAUCUCGGAGGCUACAAAUUAUGGCGCGGAGGCACUGCAGCAAUUGAGGAAUGAGAUGAGCCCAGUGAUGCAUGACAGCAUGAAGGAAAUAGGAGAAGUACUCCUGCAGAAACAUCGUCUCAUCAGCUCUAGUGUUAACGAGGAGCUUUCUCCAUUGUCUGCAAGUAUCGGGGAGGAAAUGAAGUCUCUUCAACAAGAUAUGAGAAAGAUGCGACGUGAGCUGAAGAAGAUGUACCGAGAGAAUGACCUCUAUCUCAAAACUAUUGAGGAAACCUACUCAGGAUCUGUUAAAGCUAUACUAGCUGGAUACUCGGCCGUCAUUUCAAAAAUGGAGGUUGCUUAUACCAAAACACAAGAGGCCAUGGAAGAACUGUCAAACAGGAUUGAUCAGUAUCAAUUUAAGGAACGUUACAACACCAUGAUGAAUACUGUCUCUGAGCAAAUUAAGUCAGGGGAGGUAAUUGUGAAGAAAGAAUUAGAGAUGAUAUUUACUGUUCUGACAGAGAAGGUUAAAGAGUUAGCUACCCUGUAUGAUGAUACAAUUAAAGAUAUCUCUAAACAAGUACAAAAAAUGAUCGAAGUUCUCCUGGAUGAGCUAGCAUUGACACCAUAUAUAGAUGAUGUGAAAGCAGCUUAUAACAAAAUCGUUGAAAGUAACCCUGGACUAGACAACACACAAAUCUUGAAGGUUAUUAAUGAAGUACAGCAGAUGCUUCUUGAGUCCAUGGAGAAAUCUACCUUCAUAGAGAAAUACAAGGCAUUAUAUAAACAUACAAAUGAACUCUUGUCUGACAAGUUUGGUGACAUCAUGGCCAGUGAGGAUAUACAAGAAAUGAACAAAGCUAUCCUUGACCUUUAUGAACAGGUAUCCUGGUUGUAUACAUACACAGAAAUCAAUGUUUCACUGAGGGAACUUAUCCAAGACAUUCAUGAUGCUAUCAGGUCAAAGGUCAUGGAAAAUUUCAAUGAUUUACCACUUGGUCUCCUUGACCUUCACAAGUCAAAGGUUGUCACAUUCGACCUUCAAAAAGGAGAAGUUGAAUUUGAUCUGUACCUGCCAUAUCCAAUGGAGAACUUCAAAUCACUGAUGAAAAUGACAUAUGAUAGAUAUAUGAAGAAGGUUAAAGCGUUGGCUGACAAAUACUUCCCGAGGAGAGAUAUCUGUUUGUCUGAUUUCUACUAUAGAUUACCUCAUGUACGUUGGAGCAUGAGUAAAGACUGGACUCCACCAUUUGAUGUAUUUGGUACAGUAUCUGGCAAGCAGCAUUUUACAACAUUUGAUGGUCACCACUAUGAUGUAUCAGGAUUAUGUAGUUAUAUUCUAGCUCAAGAUGUUGUCACCAAUAACUUUUCUGUCGUUCUCAAAUACACUGGUGGGUCUAGGACUCUUGCCAAAGAGUCUAUUAUUGCCAUUGUAGAUGGCAAAGUGGUAGAAAUGUUCCAAAAUUACAUGGUUAAGGUAGAUGGCCAGCCAACAGAGUUACCCUUCCGUUCAGACAGACUGACAAUUGUCAGAAAUGGUAAUACAGUUUCCCUGGACAGCAGUAUUGGACUGUCUGUGGUAUCCGACUUUAGCAGAGAUUACCAUAUUGUUGCACUAAGUGGCUGGUAUUAUGGUAAAGUUGGAGGUCUACUUGGUAACAUUGAUAACGAGCCAAAUAAUGAUUUGACAACCCCAGAGGGUGAGACAGAUCCAAAGUUGAGAAAGUUCUUGAACUCAUGGGAGGUGGACAGUUCUUGUAGAUCUACCAUGGCUUAUUCAGAAAAUGAACCAAAGGUGAAAUCACCUGAAUGUUCAGCAGUGUUUGAUGCAUCAAGUUCAUCUCUCCGUCCUUGUUUCAUAUUGGUAAAGCCAGAUAUGUACGAGCAUAGUUGUAAUAUUGAGCCAUCAGCUGUAUGUGAUAUUGCCACACUGUACAGUGAAACUUGUCACAGACAUGGCAUCACAGUCAACAUCCCAAACUCAUGUGUGAAGUGUCAGGCAACUAACUCAGUGGAGUACGGCUCUGAUGAACCUCUCAAGUAUGAACAAACUAGUACCAAACAAUUACAUAACUCCAUGGAUGUUGUAUUUGUGGUAGAGGAACGCCAAUGCAACAAAGACAUCUCUGAUAAACUGAAAAAUGUCAUCUACAGGCUUGAACAGUCUCUCAUUAAAUCAGGGUCUUCAGAUAACAGGUACAGUUUGGUAGGAUAUGCUGGAAGCAUGAUAGACUCACAUACAAUGGAGGGACAACUCUUUAAUGAUGCUACAAAGUUUGCCAUGGGACUUGAAAACUUGAGAUUCAACAAUCUUGGCCCUUACACAGAUCCUUUGUCUGCCUUGGAGUAUGCAAGCAAGCUUCCAUUCAGAACGGCCAUCAAGAAAACUGUAGUACUUGUUAGUUGUUCACCAUGUGAGGAAGCAAAUGGCUAUAGUUACAACACACUGUUAUCAGAAUUACAAACAUUAGAUAUAUCUCUACAUGUACUGAGGCAGCAAGGGUUCCGUCUUACCACUAACCGAAGUCCAAAAUCACAAAUAUUCGGUAUAGACAAUGACGAGGCGUUUUUUGGACAGAGGAGAGACGUUGAUGUAUUUUCUGACCUUGACAUUCCGGUAGACUACUGCUCAUCUCUUGCGUUAAACAGUAGCGGUUCUAUCUUUGACUCUGGUAACCUAUUGGUAGGCAAUGUGAGAGAGCGGAGGAAAUUUAUGGACAGUUUUAGUGGCCGUGUACAACAGAAAGAAUCCACUUGUCAAAUAUGUAGUUGUGAGCUUGACCAGUCUGGAACUCCACGCUCUAUUUGUCGACGCUGUGAUAGACAACCUCUGCUCAACAAGCCAAUCACAAAAAUGGUUCAAACAGCAGUGAAUUUAAAAAAUACCUUCUCACAGAAAUUACAGUUAUUCCUAUUCUAAGAGGAAAAGAAGCAAAUAAUCAAACUAACAGAUGACUAAGGAUCAUUAUAGAAGUUUAAUUGUUUACAAUUUUGUGCAAGGAUAGAAUAUCUUGUAAACAAGAAACUUAAAUAAUUUUAUGUUAUUGGACAGUUAUCUCUUGAUCACAUGCGAACAUGUGUAAAUAUUAUUCCAUGUACUUACAUUGUAUUCUUAGAAUUUGUUUAUAUUGAUUUUAAAGUUGAAUUAAGAAGGAUUUUUCAUAUUGAUUUACUUUUUUAAAUGUUUAUUUCAUUUGAUGUGUUGAUAAAUAAUAUAGAUGUCAUGUGCUGUAUAGUUAGAUAUGAAAAAAAUUUCACUGUGCUUCAGUUAGGCGUUUUAGUGGGUUGUCUCUCUCUGUAGAUAUAUAUGAGCCGUGUCAUGACAAAACCAACAUAGUGGGUUUGCGACCAGCAUGGAUCCAGACCAGCCUGCGCAUCCGCGCAGUCUGAUCAGGAUCCAUGCUGUUCGCUAUCAGUUUCUCUACUUGUAAUAGAAUUGGUAAGCGAACAGCAUGGAUCCUGAUCAGACUGCGCGGAUGCGCAGGCUGGUCUGGAUCCAUGCUGGUCGCAAACCCAUUAUGUUGGUUUUGGCGUGACGCGGCUCAUAUAGACUCCAAUGAACCUCCAUGUUUGUUGUCAAAUGGAAGUUUUAAAUAUGAUAACCUGCUACUCUUUUAAUAACAGAUCUCCAAGAUUAGUUAGAAGUUACAUUUACACAAAAUUAAACAAAGUAAAAUAUGUGUUAUCAUUCAGCUAAACUAUAUAAUACAUGCAUUUUAAUAGGCUUAUAAGUAUUUUACUUUUCAUCAGUGAUUAUAAGAUGUUUAUAUACAUAUGUAUAUUUUGUUUGUUUGUUUUUUCUGUAGCCUCUCGUUUGUUGUAAUGUAUAAUAUUUUAGAGCAUGCAAAUUAUAUUUACCAAAAAAAGUAUUAACUUUUCAUGAGAUUUAUUUGUGCAAUUGAUACAUGUACGGUAUAUUUUACAAUUCACAGACAGGUGUGAAAGUCAAAUAAGAAGGGUAUAUUACAUGCAUAGUAUUUCAUUCUUACACAACUUUGGAUGUAUUAAAAAAUUCUUUGAUAGUAAAUCUGUUUGAAUGAUGAUUUUCUUAUUAAUGGCCUUCAACGUUUUGUUUUAAUUGUUUUGUUUUUUAAUUAAAUAAAAAAAAUUUGUUGAAGUUGAUUACUAUUAAUUUGUCACCGAUACAUUUGUGACUGUAAUUUUUAUCAUUUUACUAAUUCAAAAUAAUCUGUAGAAAUAAGUUAAUAAUUAAGCAAGCUUUCAUCUCUAUUUAUUACUCAUGCCAUUAGCAAUAAAAUUUAUUAAAAAUUCUGAUUAUUUUUUCCCCCUGAUUUACAGUUAGUUGGCCAUUAAACAGGUCUUAGAGGAUAUUUUUUUUGUGUGGAGAGCGUGAGAGUGUGAGAAGAGAACUUUUUAAAAAUGACAUGUUCAUGUGUAUGUAUUGUUCAUGUGUAUGUAUUGUUCAUGUGUAUGUAUUGUUCAUGUGUAUGUAUUGUUCAUGUGUAUGUAUUGUUCAUGUGUAUGUAUUUUCAUUAAACAGAUUUUAAAUGUACAAAUUAUUUUACUGCUUUAUUUUACCCCACCCAUGUCCUGGCAUCCUCCAUAAUUGACACCAUACUUGCUCUUAUGAUUGCACCGGAAAGUGAAACGGAAAUAGAAAUGUUUAAAUGUUUGUAUAAUGUUAAAAACCUGAUAAAGGGUGUGACAAGAAAUACUUACAUUUGAAAUAG